AAUACUAUACCUUCAUUUCCAUCACUGUAAUAAGGUUUAUUGCCUGAUCAUCUUCAGUCAUCUUCAGAUGAAAGGAUUAAGGUUUAAGUGAACUAACAUCCAAAUCCUAGUUUUCAAAUCUUUAUGGCUUUUCAGUAAUUUUACCUUUUUCUGAAAAUACUUGAGGAAUGCUGCUUAGCUGAGGCAACUAUCUUUCAGCCUUAGCAUUUCCUUAAGAGCUGUAUAACUGUGAAAAUUUUAUGCAAUGAAAAAUGGGUGGGAUGUCAAAAACAAAGUUGGAAAUUGUUUCUCUAGUUUUUCAUAUGUCUCUUCCUAGUCCACAUGAAGGACUGGGUUCAAAAAGAUAUGGAAGGCUAAAAGUAUACUUUACAUUUCAUUUGAUUAUUGUUAAAACUGAAAUAUCAGAUCCUUCUUGUUAUCUCCCUGUGCAGAGGAUAGGAAACAAGUUCUCAAGAGGCUGGAGAAAUGGACUUUGCAUGUUUUCAGAGUUUCUCACUCAAAAGUAUAGUACUACUUUGAUAAAAAUUGCUCAUACAUUUCUAUUGUUUUAUUUUCCUGUUUUAUUAUUCCCAAUCAUAUAGCUCCACCAAUUUCUGAAAGGCAUGAAAUUCAACAAUUCUCUUGGAGAAUCUUUGACAUUUUAUGAUCAAAAGAAGAUGGAAGGUGGAUUUGAUAUCAUAAACAUUGUUGUCUUUCCCAAUUCCACUUUCCAGAGACACAAGAUUGGAAAAGUGGAUCCUGAUGCUUUCAAAGGAAAGGAAUUAGUCAUUAAUGAGGAUAUGAUUGUUUGGCAUAGAUCAUUUAACCAGGUGCUUCCCAUUUCUCUAUGCAAUGAACAUUGUCUCCCUGGUUAUCAAAAGAGGAAGAAUGAAGGAAAGAAAUUCUGCUGUUAUGAUUGUGUUGAAUGUCCAGAGGGGAAAAUCUCUAAAGAGAUUGACACUGUUGCUUGCUUUCAAUGUCCUGAUGAUCAAUAUGCAAACCAUAAGAAAGAUGGAUGCAUCAUGAAAACAAUUAGCUUCUUAUCUUAUGAAGAACCUUUAGGACUCAGUUUAGCCACCAUUGCUACUUUAUUUGUCCUCACUGCAAUAUGGGUGUUGGGAAUAUUUAUUAAGCACAAAGACAGUCCUAUUGUGAAAGCCAACAACCGGGAUCUCACCUACAUUCUCCUCAUCUCCCUUCUCCUUUGCUUCUUCUGUUCUUUGCUCUUUAUUGGACAACCUGGGAGAGUCACCUGUCUCCUCAGACAGUCUGCAUUUGGUCUCACCUUCUCAUUGUCCAUCUCUUGUGUGUUGGCCAAAACCAUCCUUGUUUCUCUUGCCUUCAAGGCCACCAAGCCAGGAUCUCAGAUAAGGACAUGGGUGGGGAAAAGAUUGGCUGUUUCUGUUGUCCUGCUCUGCUCUCUACUCCAAGCAAGUAUCUGUAUUGUUUGGUUAUCCACCUCUCCCCCAUUCCCAGAAUUAGACAUGCACUCAACAACUGAAGAAAUGGUUCUACAAUGCAAUGAAGGCUCAGUCGUUAUGUUUUAUUGCGUUCUGAGCUAUAUGGCUCUCCUUUCACUUUCCAGCUUCAUUGUGGCAUUCCAGGCUCGUAAACUUCCUGACAGUUUUAAUGAAGCCAAGUUCAUCACCUUCAGCAUGUUGGCUUUCUGCAGUGUGUGGGUCUCCUUUGUUCCAACAUACCUGAGCACCAGAGGAAAAGCCAUGGUGGCUGUGGAGAUAUUCUCCAUUUUGUCCUCUAGUGCCGGGCUUCUAGGAUGCAUCUUUUUCCCCAAAUGUUACAUUAUUGUAUUUAGACCUGAUUUAAACAAAAGGGAUCAACUGAUAAGAAGACAUGUUUAA